UCCUGUCAUAAUUCUGCCUAAUCUCCUAAACUAUGAUUCGUUUCCAUACAUGCUUCGUUCGCCGCCCUGAAACCGUUUGAUUUUGAUCAUCCGGCUUCCGUUCAUUCGACGCCCCCCUCUCUCUCUCUCUCUCUCUCUCUCUCUCUCUCUCUCUCUCUCCCGGAGCUCAUGGAAGGAAAGCAUAUUUUUUUUGGUAGUUCAUGAGGGUUGACCCAUUUUCUCUUCGCGUGUCUUCUUGAUAUCCUGUUUGGAUUUCGGCCAAAAUCCUCGAGCUGGAUCUGGGUCUCGCCCGAAUUCCGGAUACCCAGAUGGUUUACCCAUGGCUUCGUUGAAUUGAUUUUCGUCCUGAUCGAAGACAAUCCAUCCAUACCCUCUCCCGGGCUAAUCCCGGAAAAUCUCGGAUUUUCCUGUGGUUUCUCUCGGAUUUGAGAGCUUCGAUGGAAUUUGAGAGCAUGGACUGUACUCCAUCCCUGGAUGUGACGGACGAUGAAGAGAUCCAUCAGGAUCGCCAUCCGUACGCUUCGGUCCCGAAGCAUCACAGUAAUAACAGCAACGUGAAUGCUGCAGGGCUUAGCACUACCAGUGUGCAUGAACUCCUUGAAUGUCCUGUCUGCACCAAUUCUAUGUACCCACCGAUUCACCAGUGCCACAAUGGGCACACUCUGUGUUCAACCUGUAAAACCCGGGUCCACAACCGUUGUCCGACUUGUAGACAGGAGCUUGGUGAUAUAAGAUGUCUGGCACUGGAAAAAGUAGCAGAAUCGCUUGAACUCCCAUGCAGAUAUAUGUACCUUGGCUGCCCCGAAAUCUUUCCAUAUUACAGUAAGCUCAAACACGAGAAUGUAUGCAACUUCAGACCUUACAACUGUCCAUAUGCCGGGUCCGAGUGUUCUAUCACUGGCGAUAUCCCAUACCUUGUUGCUCAUCUGAGGGAUGAUCACAAGGUAGAUAUGCAUUCUGGAUGCACUUUCAACCAUCGUUAUGUGAAGUCCAAUCCUCGCGAAGUGGAAAAUGCCACAUGGAUGUUGACUGUCUUUCACUGCUUCGGUCAGUACUUCUGCCUUCAUUUCGAAGCCUUCCAGCUCGGAAUGGCUCCAGUCUACAUGGCCUUUCUCCGCUUCAUGGGGGACGAGGCAGAGGCCAGGAACUACAGUUACAGCUUAGAGGUAGGAGGGUAUGGCCGGAAGCUAACAUGGGAAGGAACGCCGAGAAGCAUAAGAGACAGCCACAGGAAAGUGAGGGACAGUCAUGACGGGCUCAUCAUACAGAGAAACAUGGCGCUGUUUUUCUCGGGAGGAGACAGGAAAGAGUUGAAGUUGCGAGUCACUGGAAGGAUCUGGAAGGAACAGCAGCAGAAUGGAGAAGCUGGUGUUUGUAUUCCAAAUCUGUGUAGUUGAAAGAUUUGGAUUUGAUCUUGUAACCUCACUGACUUGGUUGCAGCAUCAUCUCCUCUUUCUUCUUGUGUUCCCUGUAGUUUGGAAGUAGGUUGUCCUGAGAGAGACCGACCAUUAAACCUGAUUGCUUUUGUCCUUUUUUUUUU